CUUGACGUUUUUGCUGGGUAAAAAAGCAAAGGGGUGUCAGCGCAGUGGAAGACGUCUGCCCACGGGCUGAGAAGAUGCAGAGGUCGAGAGUGUUGGAGAGGGAUGCGGUUUGCGGUUUGUUCCUGAAAGAGGGACGUUUGCUCGAGCUCAGGUCAGAGGCAGUGAGCCACCGGGCUAGUGAACUCCCAAGUGGAAGCCCGGCGCGAGAGCUGCCGCUGGGGGCCGCUGGGUCGAGACAAAGGCUUGGUGGAGUUUGGGAAGACGGGUGUACGUGUUACAGUGCAAUCCCCAGCAAGGAGCUUGCAUGCGGAGGGCCCACAUGCAUUCUCCACGAAGUAAACUCGAGAAGUAGCAGGGGGAAACAAAGUGCAAGGCACAGCCGCCUAGCAGAAAACGCGAACUUACCCUCUUCUGGCCACCCGGCCUCCGUAGCCCCGCUGCUACCUGAGGAAUCUGGUAGUCAAGGCAGCGGCGGGGCUCGGACCCGGUUACCGCGAGACACAGGAGGUCUCGCGAGAUCUCGCUUAGCGGCCCUGACAGGCCGGCGUUCUUUCCGGGGGGUUAUGGGAGGGCUUUGGUGUCCGCGAUGGAGGUUCGUCGCCUGGUGGGGCCGGUGCUGGAGCCAGCCUGGGUGGUGGGGCCGGGCUGUGGAGAGUGCGGGGCAGGUGCUUAGGCCCGGCUGGGAUGGAGGUGCGGAGCGGGGACUGAGGCUGCUCGGGACCUGGCAGCGCCUGAGCGGGGCCCGGGGAGCCGCCGUGCAGCCGCCGCGGCGGCCGAGGAGCGGCAACCCUUUCCAGCGCGCGCAGGAGGACGAGUGGCGGCGGCGGAACAAGACGGUGCUCACCUACGUGGCCGCGGCCGCCGUGGGCAUGCUGGGGGCCUCCUACGCCGCCGUGCCCCUCUACCGGCUCUACUGCCAGACUACGGGACUUGGAGGAUCAGCAGUGGCUGGGCACUCCUCAGACCAGAUUGAAAACAUGGUGCCUGUUAAGGAUCGAAUCAUUAAGAUCACCUUCAAUGCCGAUGUGCAUGCCAGUCUCCAGUGGAACUUCAGACCUCAGCAGACUGAGAUAUAUGUGGUACCAGGAGAGACUGCACUGGCAUUUUAUAAAGCUAAGAAUCCUACUGACAAACCAGUAAUUGGAAUUUCUACAUAUAAUGUUGUACCAUUUGAAGCUGGACAGUAUUUCAAUAAAAUACAGUGCUUCUGUUUUGAAGAACAAAGGCUUAAUCCACAAGAAGAAGUAGAUAUGCCAGUGUUUUUCUACAUUGAUCCCGAAUUUGCAGAAGAUCCAAGAAUGGUGAAUGUCGAUCUCAUCACUCUUUCUUAUACUUUUUUUGAAGCAAAGGAAGGGCACACGUUGCCAGUUCCAGGCUAUAAUUGAAGUAGCUUCCAAGACCUGCUUCAGAUUUGUGAUUUUUGGAAAAUCAUGUAUUGUACUUUCUCAGAAGAGAAAUAUAUAUUGAAGAGUAAUGUAUAUUGAAACCUUGUAUUUUAAAUGUUCUAUUUCUUUCUUUCCAACUUCAUUUAUCUCAUUUAAGACUGAGAGAAUAGGUUCAAAACUCAGUCUGUAAUGAAAAUAUGCUGCUAUCUUAUGAUGGUACUUAAGGGCAGGGAGGUACUUACGGGCUCUGUUUUAAGUAAUAAGAGAAGGAAUAUUACCCACUAAGCCUCUGAAAAAAUAUAUCCAGUGUACCACAUGUGUGACUUUUAAAAACAGCAUGAAGGGCCAGGGAGAUGAAUCACUAGUUAAAUUAUUUGCCCCAUAGGCCCAACAACUUGAGUUCCGGUUCCUGGAACCAGCCUUAAAA